UUCAUUUACGGUGAAACAGAAAGUGAAACAGGGUUAUAUUUUACAACAUAACAGAUCAGGCCUGCGAGCUCAGACAACGACGGAAACGAUUCCACACCAAUACUGAGCGGAAGCCUAACAGGUCGACCAUGUCGGAAAGUCAUCUAAUGGUCUUUUUAGUCCUCCUAUCAAUCCUUCCUACUGAAUCAACGAUUGGAAUUCUCAAUUCAAUGAACGACCUGAAGAAAAUCCCCUUCGGCCAAUCGGUGCCCAAGCACAGCCUUGUGCUGCUCAACUGGUUUGCCAACAUCCUCCAAAUGGAGUACAUUCCCAAUUUAGAGCUUCCCUUUAACCCAAACGAUGGACACUAUGGUACUCAUCACUAUGGAAACUUUGAGGGAGUCCUGGAUCGAGUGCCCUUCGGCCACCGGUACUUCACCCUCGGCAACAUCAACCCCAAUAUCAACAAUAACAGAAAGUCUUUGCCCUCUUAUGUCAUGGGUCACCCAAAACAUCUGUUGGGGAGGGAGGAACGGAACAGGGCUCGCAUCAUUUUCUCUCACUCGUACCACACAAACACCAUCGGCCAGGUGUUCAUCACACAGCACUACCAGGCCAAUCAGCAACGGGGGACUGUGUAUGACCCAGUGCACACCUACCGGAUCACCAUCAACCUCUUGAGGGAGCUCAGAGAAUUUGACUUGGAUCAUAUUACUAGUCAUUCCGCGCUGUCAGAGCUCGGAGGCGACUUUGGGAGCCGCAUCUCAGACCAUGAACUUUCCUCAUUAAGGGGCAGGCUCGCAUGUGUCGGACUGCUGUUGUUCAUCGUGAUCAACGAGAGGAAUUCGCCUUGCAGACCCAACAGAGUUCCUAAGAUUCGACGAAGGAUAAUUCUGCAGUCACUUAGGAUUUAUCCACAAUUCGACUACCUACAAACUCUUAAGGACAUUGUUGAUGAAUCGUUACUGUUAAAGAGAUUAGGCCUACUAGCAGUAAUAAUGGUCGUGAUAAUUGUAUACAUGUUCCAGAAAUGAAUUUGUGAUGCUAAAGUGCUUGACGUAACAGAACAAGACCAGAAUAAAUUAAAUGUAAAUGGACUGCAUUUAUAUAGCGCUUUUCUAACCAUUGGCCACUCAAAGCACUUUACAAUAUUCACUCACAUUCACCAUUCACGCACACAUUCACACACCGACGACGGAGUCAACCAUGCAAGGCGACAGCCAACUCGUCGGGAGCUAACAGUCAGGGUUAGGUGCCUUGCUCGUUUUUUUCAGUCUGUAGUCCUACUUUCGCUGUAUUCACAUCCCACUUGUUCAUAAAAAGAAGCACUCUUUCUAUUGUGAUAACAAAAUCAAUAAAAACUUUUUUGUCUUAA